GAUGCGGGGCUGGUCUACCGCUGGGGCGACGUCAGCGAGACCGAGCUGGACCUCGUGACACAGGGGCUCGGCAAGCACUGCGAGAUCGCGGCGCCCGGCCCCGACGAGAAGGACGACAAGAUCGGUUUCUUGCUCAACAGGCCCGCGACCUGGGAGGGGGGAAGGCUGCUGCGGGGGUGCGACCCCAGGCGUAUCGAGCUGGCGUUCGCGGAGCUAGGCCUGGUAGGUGCCACGCCAAAGUCGACGCGAGGGGCGAAGGUGACCAAGCUGGAGCGGAAGGCGGCCAAGCCUCUACCCCCAGCUGCGAUGAGUGCAGACAGGAGCGCGGCGGCCAGGAUCGGCUACAUCUCCCACGCGCCGGCCGAGCUUAACCUGACGCAGCUGAAGCACAUCGGCGGGGGCCUGGUGGGCACGCCGAGGGUCGCGCUGGAGUUCAGGGCCCAGGCUCGAGCGGAGAUGGCGACGGCGCUCGAGGGCACCGACUACGGAGGCUGUCCUAUUAUGAGGCGCAGCAGCCUCGGUGGCGUGGUGCUGGACGGCGUGAACCCCCUGAUGGCAUGGUCGGUGGCGCAGGCGAUCUCGCCACCAUCGUGCGGAGAAAACGAGCUGCGCGGCUGCGUGAAGGCAUGCGCGGAGGGAUUCGGAGUGAUAUCGGGCUUCGGCGACUUGGGCGAGCAGAAGGCGCUGCGGGUUGGGGUGGACUCGUCGGCUGCGCUGGGCGUCGCGCGCAGGAUUUGCCUGGGGAAGCUCAAGCACAUCGACGCCAGAUACCUCUGGGCCCAGCACGCGCGCAAUCAGAACAGACUGGCGGUGUUCAAGGUGCUGGGGGCCUCGAACGGCGCCAACCCCAUGACAAAGUACGUGGACAAGAGCCCGCCCAACUAUGACAUGUAG